UUGAAAAUUCAAUCAUCAUUCGAGAAAAAAUUCAGUGGUUUGCUUCAUGGUCGAAGAAGUGUCGCGAAAAUAGUCUUUUUUACGGUGAAAACUUUAUCCGGAGUAAUCAAUCCCGUCGGAAAGUUCUGCCCACGAGUUUCCGCUACCGUUAGCUGCUAAAAUGUUUCCAUUUCGCGGCAGCGUAACGCUGCUUGGGACAGUGUUUUAAACUGUGAGAAAAGUUUAGGAUCAUCUUCCCAACUGUCAUCGCGCCAUCAUCAUCGUCAUCAUUCCCGAAUAAUCAGCAGUGCGUAGGAAUCAAAACAUCGCUGUCGGGAGGGUCGUGAUCCCGUUGUUUUUCUGGGACUGGUUUAGGUGCAGUUUAUUGCAGAGGUCAAUCGUUCCGCUACCGAAAAAGAGCACCGUUGGCCGAUAGAAAAAGGCUGCACCGCUCUUUUUAGGGCCAGGGUCCAUAGUAAAAGUUGCAAAGAUAGAUACCGUGUGGGGUUGGGCCUCUGCCCCGCUGCGCCUUGCGGCUAACAGAAUGGGCGACGUACUGAUUUCCGAUCGUCCUCCGUCUCCAGCGAGACUCUCGCACACAUCGGAGAAACACCCGCGAGUUACACUGACCGAGCUGAAUGUUUUGCGCCGCCACCGGGAACUUUGUGAUGUGGUCAUCAACGUUAGCGGGAGGAAAAUUUUCGCACAUCGUGUGAUCCUGUCGGCGUGCAGUCCCUAUUUCAGGGCCAUGUUUACCGGAGAGCUGGAAGAAUCCCGCCAAACAGAGGUUACUAUCCGCGACAUUGAUGAGAACGCUAUGGAGCUGCUGAUCGACUUCUGCUACACGUCACACAUUGUCGUCGAGGAAUCGAACGUGCAAACUUUACUCCCGGCGGCAUGCCUUCUCCAGCUAGCCGAAAUACAAGACAUUUGCUGUGAAUUUUUAAAGCGACAACUGGAUCCUACAAAUUGCUUGGGCAUUCGAGCUUUUGCCGAUACACACUCGUGCCGCGAGUUGCUUCGAAUUGCGGAUAAAUUCACGCAACACAACUUCCAAGAAGUGAUGGAAAGUGAAGAGUUUCUGCUUCUUCCGGUCGGUCAAUUAGUGGACAUCAUCUGUAGCGACGAGCUGAAUGUUCGUUCUGAGGAGCAGGUGUUCAACGCAGUGAUGGCUUGGUUAAAAUACAACGUUGCCGAACGUAGACAACACCUUGCUCAAGUUUUGCAGCACGUUAGGAUGCCUCUGCUUAGUCCCAAGUUUCUGGUUGGAACAGUUGGAUCGGAUCUUCUGGUUCGAUCGGAUGAGGCUUGUCGUGAUUUGGUGGACGAGGCUAAGAACUAUUUAUUGCUUCCACAAGAGCGACCCUUGAUGCAGGGGCCCCGUACACGUCCGAGGAAACCAACCCGAAGAGGAGAAGUAUUAUUUGCUGUUGGCGGCUGGUGUUCGGGUGAUGCGAUCGCAUCGGUGGAACGAUUUGACCCAGAAACGGCAGACUGGAAGAUGGUCGCUCCAAUGAGUAAACGUCGCUGUGGUGUUGGGGUUGCUGUGCUGAAUGAUCUGCUCUAUGCCGUUGGAGGACACGACGGACAGAGCUAUCUGAACAGUAUCGAGCGAUACGAUCCCCAGACUAAUCAGUGGAGCUGUGACGUUGCUCCAACGACCAGUUGUAGAACCAGUGUGGGCGUUGCUGUACUGGACGGGUUCCUAUAUGCGGUUGGUGGCCAAGACGGCGUGCAGUGUCUGAACCAUGUAGAACGAUACGAUCCUAAGGAGAACAAAUGGUCGAAGGUGGCUCCAAUGACUACCCGCCGAUUAGGCGUAGCCGUGGCAGUUCUGGGCGGUUAUCUUUAUGCCAUCGGUGGUUCCGAUGGUCAGUGUCCGCUGAAUACGGUGGAAAGAUACGAUCCUAGGCAGAAUAAAUGGUGCGCCGUUAGUCCCAUGUCGACUCGUCGGAAGCAUUUGGGCUGUGCUGUGUUCAACAACUUUAUCUAUGCGGUCGGUGGCCGUGACGAUUGUAUGGAGCUGUCUUCGGCCGAACGGUAUAAUCCACAUACGAACUCAUGGAGUCCCAUAGUGGCUAUGACGUCCAGGAGGAGUGGGGUUGGACUAGCGGUAGUAAACGGUCAACUGUAUGCCGUGGGCGGCUUCGACGGUACUGCCUAUCUGAAAACGAUUGAAGUUUACGAUCCGGAAACGAAUCAGUGGCGACUCUGUGGCUGUAUGAACUAUCGCCGAUUGGGCGGUGGCGUUGGCGUCAUGCGAGCUCCGCAAACCGAAAACUACAUGUGGAUUCGAAAAGAUUCUGUUGUUUAACAUUCAUACACAUCCGACUAAUUUGCAAAUUACCCUAGUACGCAAAAAUCGAUCACAAACACUUAGGGAGGGGCUUGCGUAGAAGCGUAAUUCGGUUGCAACUCUUGCGUUUCUUUGAGCGGUCGGUUCUGCCCCAAACAAUUGACGACGGUGUGACGGCGACGGCGGGUGGCGGCGAAUUAGAGGGCGCUGCUCGCUGUGAGAAAUCAAUCAAAAUGCGCUUCGAAAUUGUACGUGCGGACUGGGUAUCCACAUGAGAAAGAAAGUAUGAUUUACCGCAUAUGUCAUAUGUCGAAUUCCUUCCGUUUCUCCCUUGGAAAAGCACACGAAUGAGAUUCGAGAAACGGAGGAAUUUGGUUUCGAGGAUUUAGCAAUUAUUUUUCAAUUUAAAAUAAAUCGCACUACCAUCGCCACUUAUCACCACAGCUGCACUUGCACACGCUCACCCAUCAUGCUGCUAGACGUUAGUAAAAGAAAACACGAUAGGCUAGCUUAGUUAAAAUAUGUUAUGUGUUAUAGGCGCAUUCUCCCGACCACACUCAUCAUCCAACUAUUUUUUAUAGUUGUUCCUAAUCCAUUAAAUUCAUGUGCUGAAAGUGACUGGUUUAUAUUCGUCAUAGUUUUAUUUUUUCUAAAACACUGUUUUUGGGUUUGUUUUGGAUCUCAUCCCGCUUUCCAACGCCAAUAUUUAUUAUUUUCUCUUUUUGAUUUUCAUUUUUGUAAGUAACGUUAGUGUUGUUUUUACAAUUUUCAACUCCAAUAAUCCCAAAUUUACGUUAUACGAUAUUGAUUACUGAAAAAAUAGAUUGUACGAAAAAUCUUAAAGAUUCGCAAAUGGAAUUCUUUACUAUAUUCUCAAUGUGAUUAAUAUGUAAGAAAAUUAUAAGAAAUAAAAACUGCAAGCGUAGUCCGUCAAAACUUGCAAUCAGUGAUUAUUUUCCACACUCUUCACCAUAAAUCAAUUUCCUUCUGAAAGAAAAUAUUGGUGUUUAUUAGUUUUGUAAUUUCACCGAACACCGAACGGAAUAAAGCGUGACAGGCUGUAGAGAGAUGUUUUACUAGCAAAAAUUGCAGAAACCAAAAUUUUAACGCUUAACGGUUCUGACAGGGAAGCUUUCCUUGCAAAUAAUUUGUAUGUACAGGAGUUCACAAGAGAGAAGAUGAUAUAAUAAAAAAAUGUUUUCGGUUCUCCUUUAUAGAGAAUAAACUCCUUUGCAUUGGAAGUAAAUUUACUCUGUGACACAAUUAUUCAUUUAUUUAUUCUCAAUAUUCAGCUUGAGAGAAAAUGGUCGGAGAAACUGUAUUAGGUACUGCGUAUUCAGGAUUUUAAUUGUAUAUGAUGACCUGAACUCUUUACUAUUGAUAAAUUAUUAUUGAAAGAUGAAAACUGUUGAAUAAAGAAACGAACUUGUAGAUAAUAAGUAAUUACAGUA